AAAAAAAAAGUCCAUCAUCAUCAUCAUACCUCAUACAAACGCGAGAGUAGCCACUUGUACAUUAAAUUCUGUCAACAUAAACUCAGUUACCUUAAAGCCAUUAGCACCGUACGAAAUCAUUCUCUCCGUGCCGAUCCAUCCUUUGGCUGCUUAUCGUCAUGGAUAAGCUUGCGUCGACGCUGCUGGCGUUUCCGCCCGAAGCUAAUCUGGCCAGCCUCGACAACGAGAUAUACGACGCAGCCGCGAGAACCCAUAUCAGCAAGCUUUCUAAACUUCUCAGAGAGAAUCAUGCAGAAUUAUUAGCACACGGCCUUCAGCUCCUCGAGUUACUCGAUCCGAGUGUGAAUUCGCUAUCCUACCUCGCUGUCAUUCAUACUCUCACCAUCCCCAGUGUAGCCUCUUCCGCCUCUGUCGAUUCCAUCCUUGAGAAGCUGGUGCUGUUUCUGCUCACUUUCGAUGCCCGACAAUGCCGAUAUGCUAGAAGUCAAUUGCAAGAUGUCCUCGUCGCCGUUGGAACCGGACAUUACCUCCCCCCCUCUGUUGCUGUCGAAGCGCUCACGACCGCCAUCUUGAGAUUAGACCCGACUGGUAGCAUUCUGACAAACUACCAUAUUCUUCUUGCGAAACUCGCCUAUAACACAAAUAAUACCGAAUCGGUUCUACCAGUAAUCGACAAGAACAUUGUAUACUUCCCGGGGAUGGCUAACUACGGCGAGCCUGGGUACCUCUGCGAUCUCACUCUACCACCCCCUGCCUAUCUUUCGCGAGAAACAGGACUUACCAGCAACCUGAAGUCCACUGCAGUCUUGGAGUACGACUUGAUUCGUGGCAUGAUAUAUUGUUCUAGGAGGGAUUGGGAAAGUGCGUUUGCAGCAUUUGAGAGGGUCAUUACCUACCCCACGCGUGAAGGCGGAGCGAGUAAGAUUAUGCUUGAAGCCUACAAGAAAUGGGUGCUAGUUAGCUUGCUCUCUAAGGGCAAGCUCGUUGAACCCGAAUCAUAUACAGGGGCUGCAGCGAGCAAGAUCUACGGGAACAUCGGGAAGCCGUAUACAGCACUCGCGGCCCUGUUCGUGGCGGACGACGCGCAGGUGCUAAAGGCAGAUGUUGAGAAGAAUACCCAACUAUGGUUUGAAGACGGAAACACGGGCCUGAUCCAGGAGGUUUUAGCUGCGUAUCAGAAGUGGCGGGUACUAGCAUUGGAACAAAUCUAUUCUAAAAUUUCGCUCCCCGAAAUCCGACAACAGACUACGAGCGCAGAAACAGGUCGGGUGCUCGAGAAGGACGAGGAUAUCGAGACCCUCCUUCAGAACAUGAUAAUAUCAGGCAUGCUGUAUGGUGUGAUCGAAAAGAAUGACGAUGGUACGGCAUUUCUUACCUUCCUACCGCCGUCAACGCAACUCUCGGAGCCAGAGUUUGCUAGCGAGCUCGCCCAUACAGCUGCGCGGUUAAAGCAAUUGCACCCCAUCUUUCAAGCGACACAGGAACGCUUAGGGACGAGCAAAGAAUACAUCAAGCACGUAAUUAGAGAAGAGAAACGAGCUGAGAAGAACGACCCGGAUCCCACUCUAGCCUUUGAUGUUCACGUGGACGAUGAGGACUUGAUGGGUGGUAUUCUUCCUACUGGUUGAGUGAGCAGUCGAACUAAGCGCUUUACGCCGCUUCACUGCUCGCGUCGAACCCCCGCCUUGAACAGAAAAAUUUCUCGGGGGUGUUCUGAGCUUAUGGUGUUGAACCUUCCAUACGAUGGCACUAGUCAGCAUGGAUAAUCUCGGUUUAGCACGUCUUAAUUGCUUACCCACAGGCGACAGCAUUUAGAACAUUUAUAUCUCUAGGGGCGUUAUCCGGACAAGAAUUGAUUCGAGAAAUGCCGUUCGACUAGAGAUCUACGACGGUUACGAGUGAUCGAGAUCCUCAACCAGCUCAUUAGAGAGCAAUGCGUAAUGAAGAAUAAAGACAUUAAUAUCCCAU